GCGCGCCUUUGCUGUCGUGUCUACAAAUGUAACCGCGCCCCAAAGCUGUAUCAACAGUGGGUAGAAUUUUCACUUUCCACGUUCGCGUUCCGCUCGUCAUCUUUCGCUGUCUCGGUUGCACUGCUGCGUCUCUCGACAACUCUUCUCCCGCGAGCGCCAUGCCAGACUACGGGAUAGCAACCGUGGUCGCGCUGGUGGUGGCGUCCGCUGCGGGUGCAUUUUACCGCCUCUACCUGCAUCCAUUGACACACAUCCCGGGACCCAAGCUGGCGGCUCUGACACACUGGUACGAAGCUUACUAUGAUGUCGUUAAGAAGGGCCAGUAUAUCUUUGAGAUUGGACGCAUGCAUGAGAAAUACGGCCCAAUUGUUCGUGUCGGACCCAAUGAAGUGCAUAUUCUGGACUCAGAGUACUAUAAUCAACUCUACAACAUGACAAACCGAUUAGACAAAUACGACUACUUCUAUAGUAUGAUGGGCAACCCUCUCGCAACCUUUGGGACCAUCCAGGCAGACGUGCAUAGAGUCAGGCGAAUAGCGCUGGGUCCCUUCUUCUCAAGCAAAGCAGUCGCCAAGUUCUACCCGCAGGUACAAUCCGUCGUAGACCGAUUGACAGAGCGAAUGGAACUAUGUGCAGAGAAAGCCGAGCCCAUUCCGCUCUUCUAUGCGUACCGUUGCAUGACGGUGGAUAUCAUUUCCGAGUACGUGUUCGCGCAUCAGAUGGGUCUACUCGAUCGUGCGGACUGGGGAAAGUACUUCUACUCCGCCUGGCGCAGCUUGUGGGAGCUUUCCCCAACCACCCGCCAAUUUCCGUGGAUGAUUGAUGUCAUCAUGUCUAUGCCACGCUGGAUGACCAAAUUGACAGAUCCGAGAGCCCUUGAGGUCGUCGAUAUGUUUGCUGAGAUUGACCACCAGACCGAGGUUCUGCUAAAUUCAGAUUCAAAGGCGGUCGAAGCUCAGCCGCAUCCGACCGUGAUAUGGGAACUUUCGAAAAGUGACGCUUUACCACCUCAAGAAAAGACGCCGAAGCGCCUGGCAGUGGAAGCUAAUAGUCUGAUUGCUGCGGGCUUUGAGACCACUGGCGGUACACUAACUCUAAUGACAUACCUUGUGCUCUCUCAUCCGAACGUCUAUCAGAAGCUCCUCGCAGAACUCGAGCAGGCGAUUCCAGACCCAACCAAAAUACCCGGGUCGUUAGUUCUCGAGAGACUGCCAUACUUGUUCGCGGUCGUAAAGGAAAGCCUCCGCGUCUCUGUAGGAGCAUACUCGCGCCUCUCUCGUGUCAAUCGCUACGAAGCCAUGCGCUACAAGCAAUACAACAUCCCGGCCGGUACCGCCAUAGGAAUGUCCGCGCUUUUCGUCGCCCACGAUGAAGCAAUCUUCCCAGAUGCACUCUCAUUCAUCCCAGAGCGUUGGCUAGAACCUGACGGCAGCAUCGGCGCUACUGCCCUUCGCCUUGAGCAUUAUUUGUUGGCAUUCGGUAAGGGCGCACGUGGGUGCGUCGGCAUCAAUCUUGCGUACGCCGAGCUAUAUAGCGUCCUUACCACCGUGGUGAGGCGGUUCGGAAACCGUCUGGAGCUUUACAAGACUGAAGAGAGGGAUAUUGAGGCUGUGCAUGACUAUUUCGCAGGUAUGACGAGGAGGCCGGAUGGGAGCGAGGGAAAUGGCCUGCGGGUUCUGGUGAAGAAGCAAAAAUAGUAAUGGAUUAGAAUCUGUAACGACUUGAGCCUUUGAAGGCUCGGAUGGAGCCGGAUCCGGGCUGGGUCUUCCUUUUAGACAUCAUAGAUAUCACCGUCCGUUAAUAACACCUUAGAGUACCAGUGUAUCACAAGAUAAGCCCACACAUUAGGUCGAUCGGGGUGGCCUAAUAGUCUCGAAUACUUCAGGUUAAAAUAGCUUGCCAAGAGUGGC